CACAAACAGGUCCUCUUCCAACAAGUCUAUUUCUACAACUAUGGGUUGGCAUGAUGGCUGCGUACGCUGCAUGGUAGGGGUACCAUUUGCUUCAGUCAUUGCCACAGUCCUGUGUUUUGCCGGAGUGGCCCUAUUCUGUGGCUGUGGGCACGAGGCUUUGAGUGGAACAGAGAAGUUGAUUGAGACAUAUUUUUCCAAAAACUACCAGGAGUAUGAAUACCUCAUUCAUGUGAUUAAUGCCUUUCAGUAUGUGAUCUACGGAAUUGCCGUUUUCUUCUUUCUAUUUGGGAUAAUACUUUUGGCUGAGGGAUUCUACACAACAACUGCCAUCAAGCACAUCCUGGGAGAGUUUAAACCCCCAGCUAUAAAGGGUGGGCUCAUCUCUACAGUGACUGGAGGACCACCUAAAGGAAGAAGCCCCAGGGGAAGGCAGCCAGUCCAUACCAUAGAGCUUAUCUGCCGCUGUUUGGGAAAGUGGCUUGGACACCCUGAUAAGCUUGUUGGUGUCACUUACGUUAUCACUAUUUUGUGGCUUCUGAUCUUUGCCUGCGCUGCUGUUCCCGUCUACAUCUACUUCAACACCUGGGUCACCUGUCAGUCCAUUGCAUUCCCAGGGAAAACAACAACCAGUGUCAGUACCCUGUGUUCAGAUGCUCGGAUGUAUGGUGUUCUGCCAUGGAAUGCCUUCCCAGGGAAAGUGUGCGGGACCAGCCUGCUUGCCAUCUGCAAGACCAGUGAGUUCCAGAUGACAUUUCACCUUUUCAUUGCGGCAUUUGUGGGUGCAGCUGCAACUCUUGUGGCCCUGCUCACUUAUAUGGUAGGCGCAUCAUUCAACUAUGCUGUGCUUCGAGUUACUGGCCGGAGCGAUCGCUCAAAGUUUUAGACUUCAAGUCUGUGGUUGAUAAAAACCAAAGCAGAAUCCCGAAUUCAUGAUUUUAUUUAUAUGAUUAUAAUGUUCAUGUUUUCCUUUUGUUUUUGAAUUCUUAUUUUUGUUUGUUUGCUUAGGAAUCUAGAUAACAUGGCUGGUGCUUUCCAUGGAAAAUCUGUAUCUGCCCUUGGUUUCCCUAAACUCUUGGCUUAAUCUAAUAGAACAAGUAGGAACUACUCAAAGUGUACUAAGCAGGGAUGCCAUUCUCCACCACUCAUAUCUCUGAGUCAGCAACAACUGUAGGACCGCACAUUUGCCACCUAGAAGUUACAAAAAUGAGACUGAGGCUAACAUUUUCUACUCAAUCUUGUCACCAAAAAAUUCCUUUUUAACAGUUGACAGGAGCAAAUACAUCAAAAUACUCCAGGUCUGAGGGACAUGAAUUACAACAGUGUCGUAUUUGUUGUUUAAAGAGAUCUCUAAAACCUAUUACAGACAAGAAAAUACUGUUUCUUUUCGGCAAAUUUCUUACAGUAGGGUAGUCGAAACCAGAUAAAAUCAUAACUGAUGACAUAAUGCUAAUAUAGAUUUAACUGCAUGAUUUUAAUAGAGCUAUUCAAUCAUCUGUACUGUAAACCAAAUUAUACCUUAUGUACAGAACUGUAUCACUAAUAACAUGUCUAGGUUUCCAUCAAUUUCCAUAGCAGAACAUGCAGCAGUGCAAAGCCUAUUCGCAAUGUUUUAAGUUUAAUACACAAUAUUGUCUAGACCCAGUAGGCCGUAUAUUGAUCUCUCAUAUAGCGUAUGUGUAUAUAUAUAUAUAUAUAUAUAUACUCACUCUUCCCAAAGAAUCUAAUACACAUUUACAAUUUUUACAUUCUUCUCAAUAGAAGCUUGAUCUUUGAUGACAUAAAAUACAAGAAAAAAAGAAUACAGAAACUGAAUUUCACUUUUCCUGUGCCUCAUUUUCAUCAUUCAAUCUAUGAUGUUUUAUCCCUACAGUAUUUCAUAAUCGUAAGGGUCUGACAACAACCCUCUAGGAACUGGCUGUUCCCUUGUUCUUUGAGAGGAGAAGGGAGACUCUGGGCAGAAGCAGAAAUAGUUGUAUAUGUGUUUACUAUGAUCGGGCAGGGGGACAACAGGCUUUGGGCCAGGAAUCUCUGUGAAGGGGGUGAGCCCACAAACUUUGAACUGUUCCAUCCCCUCUCUCUAACCAUGUUUAAUAUAUUGGCUUUAAGGACCCUAUAACCGCCUAUUAUUGAUGCAGGGUACAAUAAUUAAUUGCACUAUGGAGAGGUCAACUACACUGGUAAAGGGACACACAGCACUGUGAAACUGAGGUGAGCACAAUACUCCGUGCACUCUGUUUGAGUUCAGUGUGUGGGUCCCUUUUCAGUUUAAACUGCCUUGUUUAUCCUUUAGUAACAAAAGUGGCAUGCAAGUAGAAUAUUGAUAUUUUAUGCAAAGAGAUGGCAGUAAAUGGGUUGAGCAAGUGGUAACAUCCACAGAUGACUUAACCCUCUCUAAGCCAGAGAGAAAGGCUUUCACCGUGGUAAAGAAGUUUUUUCAGGACUCACUGAUAGGGUCAUUAUUUCAAAUGGUGCUCUUUCUGUAUGUGGGCACAAACAUGCACACAUAUCCAAGGGUCUUUCUCUCUGGCAGAGAAUGGGCACUACAUUUUUCCUGUAAAUUGCUAAUUGUAAAAUGUAAGAGUUUAAAAGUAAUUAAAAGUUUCUGUAUUAAAA